AUGGCCCCUAUGAAAGCUCCGGGGCUGGAUGGUAUCACCGCCGGGGUGCUCAGGAAGGCCUUUGGCGUUAUAGGUACGCCGCUAACUAGUGUCCUGAGGGAGUUCCUUAGGAGGUCGGUCUUUCCGGAUUGCUGGAAGACCGCUGAGGUCGUAGUCAUCAGCAAAGGUCAAGAUAGGGACCCGAGUCUUCCUAAGUCAUACAGACCAGUCCGCUUGCUUUCGGCUCCAUCAAAGGUGCUGGAACGGCUAAGGGUGGACAGACUUGAAUAG